AGGACUGGUAGACUACCAUGCUUGAACCGUGAUUUCUGCUGUUUUCUGUUGCCACGGUAACCUCAGAUUCGGGUGAUGGCUGGUUGAUGAAGGCAAUAUAAAAGGACUGAAAAAAAUGCCACUGCCUGUUCUGAAGACAGAGGAUGGAUUUUACUGAAUAAGGCAAGAUUGAAAGUAUUGGAUGUAUUUAUACAUGUGUCUCUGGGAAGAGAGCAAUGAAUUGGAGGCACACUGUUGAUUUUCCAGUGUCAUCUCAACUUGUCAUUAUCACAACUUAAAUACCAACCCUGACCUCAUUGUGACAUCUACCUGGAGAGUUUACACCUGCCUGUGUGGGACAAACAGGGUGGUCAACUUACACCUGAUAUCUACCCUUGAAGAACAUUCUUGCAAAAAGACUGUGUAUGAAGAUGAUUAUUAAAAAUCCAGACACCAGGACAAGGAUGACAAUAGCCAUAGAGUAUGGUAGUUAAAUGUAAGCUGAGAAUCAAAGCAGCCCAUUGUACCAGGUCUGAAUGACUUUUAACAAGUCGGCCCAAGAUGUUUUUUACAAAUGCAGUAGAUGCAGUUGAAGACAUUUUACACCAUAAACAAUUGUGAGAAUCUUUUAAAAAUCAAAUCCAAGGUUGAAUCAAGGGAUUAAAGCUGAUACGUGGUUGUAUAUCACAAGCCACAUAACAGAGAAACAAGUCCACAAGAACGCCAGGUAUUUUGUGAUCAGGAACAGCAUAGUCAUACAGCUAUGGUUUGAUGCCAAGCAUAAGGAAUUAAACUUUAGUGGGCUCAACAAGUUGAAAUUUCAAUGCUGUGAAGAGAAUACAAGAAGAUGGCCAACUAUUGUACCCUGAGUAUGUGGACAAUGUUUCCAAAAUGACAAGAGUUGUGCCGACAAUUCAUAUACUUUUGCAUGUGACAGAGACAGCACUGCAGCUGAGUGCGGCAGGGUACUACUGGCUGCUUACACCAUGGUGCACAGCUAUCCUGUGUUUGAUCUUCAUCCCCGUUCUCCUGGUCAACCUGCUCUCUCUGCUCUGGGUGUUCAGGACCAUGGAGUUCGGGGACAAACAGUGCGGACGGACACUGUGUGCACUGUUACAUGUCCUACAACUAGGAACACUAUGGAGAUACUUCAAAUUACUCGUGGUGUUUGAAAAGGCGGACUGUGAGGAGUUUGUUCUUCUCCGCCUGGUGCAGGUGACCCUCCAGAAUGCCCCAUAUCUCAUAAUACAGGGCUAUUUGAUUCUGGAGCAAGACUUCAAUGACGUGCCAAAUUUCCUUUUUGCAAGUGCAAUCGUGUCUCUUCUCUCUCUUGCCUUCAGUAUGGUGCUAUACCAUGAGACAGAUGACACUGAUGAACAGAAUUCAAAGAAAGUUAACCAGAAUGCAAAAACCAGUCUGUGUUUCAAAGUUUUUGUCCUCCAUGUUCAAGGACUAUGGCACUUGCUUUGCCUCAUGUCAAGGUUUAUGGCUAUUAUACUUUUCACAACAGCUUUGCGAUUCUGGACACUUUUAUUUCUCGCAACUCACUGGCUGUGUCUGCUGAUUUGGAUCGAGAUUCAGCAGGUGAUUUCCAUCAAAGCCAAGCCAAAGAAAUGGAAAGAGAGGACUUGGGACUGGUUUUUAGCAUGCGUUCAGAUUUAUGAUCUUCUGGACGCAAAAGACUGGAGAAAAUAUUACAAGUUUGGUGCAUUUUAUCUCACAAUUCUGGUGGAAAAUAUUCUAAUGGUCACUAUAUGGUACACAGAUGAAAGCAACCAGAAGGCAUACAAAGUGACUGCCCUCACGCUCAUGUUUGUGUUUUACAUAACUGGAGUCUUAUUUAUGAUAUUCAAUUAUAAAUUCUUCUGGCGCAAUGGGCAGCCAUUCAAUGCAUGCAAAGCCUGUUGUCCAUGGAAAAGCAAAACAGCUGAAUUGAAGAAUAUUGAGAUUAUAACUGAUGAAAUGCACUGGGAUGCUUAUGAUGUGGAUAUACAAAGAAAUACCCACUGUUUUGAGAAUCUUGCCUUUGAAAUGCAGGCACAACAGCUUAAACUUCCAGGGUGUGCUGAUGAGAAUGAAGCACAUCUGACAAAUACCAAUAACCCUGCAAAAUCUUUACUCCAAAUGCCUCAGACAGCUCAGUUUCCACUCCAGAGUCAUACAGUGGAAGUAAAACCACUUCGCAAACUCCCGCCAGUCCCAAGUGCUGACAGUGUCAGUCAAGUCAAACAAUACACAAGGCAUCAAACAAUAAAACCCGACUUACUGGAAAAGGAUAGUAUCCCCCAGAGCAAGGAUUUGCCAGCUGUGGGGGGUGGUGUGGGAGAACAGAAAACCCGAUAUGCUGAACUUUCCAUCAGUACAGAGCAGGGGUCAUCAAAUAGUCGUAAUACACACACGUUAGAACUCAGUGCUCAAAGUGUAUCCAUGGCAACGGACCCAAAGAACAACACGGAAGAAAACACUAGGGUUGACUUACCUAAAAGUAAACAGUUAUCGACUCUUCCAACUUCUCAGGUGACUUUUGAUGUUAACACUAAGCCACUGAGUAAUAAAAAACAACCAUGGAUGUAUGACUUUGAGGCAAUGUUAUCUGAGUCCACAUCUUUUCUCAGUGAGCGUGAUGGACACUAUAGUAUACACUGUGAGACAUGCGGAGAGACCCUGACAGAGACAUCCAGUGAUGUCACCUCAACAGAUACCUACCUCAGUGAAUUCAGUGGAUUUAACUGGCCAACCCAUGAUAUGGUGGGCAGUGGACCCAUAGUGGAAAAUAUGACUGACCCUCCUGACGAGGACAGUAAAAUGUCCCCCUUUGACACCAUUCAGCAUUGGCUAGAGGCCACCUCACGUUUCCAGAAGAAACAAAAACACCGUGUGGAGGGGCGGAGGGCAGAGAGACUGGCGCAUCUUCAUCAUAUGGACAAUGUGAGGAUGUCCACCAUGCCAGUUACUGGGCAUGGUCAUCACCACUACCAGCACCAACACAAUCACACAGACUUCUCAACUGAUGCAGUGAAAUUCUCCACUAUGAUAACUCAGCCAAAGACAGGGGGAGAGGCUGUGGACUUGUCUCAGAAACACAAAGGGAGCCAAGAGCCGUACGUGCACAGAUGUCCUCGUAUCCGCUACCACAGCCCUCCAAGCACCAUUACACAGUCAACUGCCUCAAGACAUAAAAAGCCAAAGCUGAAAUCUAAAACCAAAACUACACAUAAGAUACCUCCAUCAACCCCAGUCUCUGCAAUCACCCAGCUAGACGUAGGGCUGACUGCUACUAGUGCCAAACAAACUUCACAAAAACCAUCUUACAGGUCUCCUAGGAGUAAAGUGUUUGAAGGGGAUACGGCCCCAAGAAGUACGAUAUCUAGAUUAUCUAAUAUGACACCCUCUUCAAUGGAUGUUAAUGUCAGUUCUUACACUAACUCUAUAACAGACUUGAUUUUGACCCAGAAAUCGAGCAAAACUUCCUUGAACUCUCAGAUUAAGAUCGACAAAGAAUCCCCAAUGAACAAAGUCGAUAAUGCACAAGUUGCAAAAGUGGGAGCUCCACGCCCCAGACCUCAUAGUGCAGACGCUGUGUCAAAGUCUCCUCCAGAGAAAUUUGAAAAAGUUUCCAAGAAACCGAAACGUAGGAGUAGAAGAUUAUCUAUUGAUUCUCUAACACAAGAGUUUUCAGAUGCUGAGCCAGUUACGUCAAAAACCUUUGAAAAAGUUUCAAAAAAGCCUAAAGGACUGUCUCGGAGAUUUUCAAUAGAAUCUUUAACACAGUUUUUCUCAGAUGCAUCCAUUCCCAAAGAAUAUCCAAAGGGGACCCCACCGAAGAAACGUAAAAAACUCAGGAAGAAAAGCAAUUUAUCCAAAGACAGUUUGCAGAAUGUGACAGUUGAGAACAACCUGUCACAACCAGAUGCAAUUACUCAAGAUACGAUCACAAAUCCUGAUACUAACAGUGUUACUAAUAAUAAGACAAAUCAGGAAGAUAUUAAUAGUGAAAUGAUAAUGAACAAAGAAGGACUACAAUCGAAUGGAAUUAACAAAAAUGUACAGAGAAAGAGCAAGGGAUCUAAAGAAACUGAAAUUCAUCAAGAGAGUGACAUGAAUCCCAACAGUACCACGAAUGUUUUGCCUAAAAGAACUAAGAAGAAAAAACAACAAAAAUCACAAAGCAGUGGUGGAAACAUGUCAGAAAAGACACUCUCUACAUCUACUACAGCAUAUGAUACCGCAGAAGCUGUAAUGCAACCACACACAGCAACCCACAAAUCAGUUCAGGAAACUCUAAAACCUGCAAAACCCGCACCUGAAAUACCAAUCCCAGAGUCUCAAACAAAUAAAGUAACCACCAGCAGUCAAGCAAAAUCCAAGUCAAAAAUUUCAAAAUCAAAACCUAAGCCAGAGGAGGUGAAAAAUGUUAAAAGCACUUUCAAUAGGCCGCCCUCUCAGGCAAGACAAAAAGCAUUAAAACAACUUCAGGCCAAGUCUAAACAUGUGCCCCCGGUCAACAUGGGGCCUCUGUACAGGUUCUCCAGUAUGAGAGUGGACAGUGCUACCAAUCAGAGGGGUUCAAAUACAGCAAACUUUGGAAUUUCACGGGUACGACGCUCUCUGCCUAGGACCCCCGGGACCGUGUACAGGCCUAGUGAUGCACAUGUAACAGUCGCUGGUGUCGAUACCAAUACUGCUGCAGUUGAUCCUAGAGAUUACAUACACAUAAUAAACCAAGAGUCCAUGGUGUAAAAAGACAUUGAAUUUUUGUAAUGGGAAUUGCUACAGGUUUUCAAGUAUAAAAAUGUGUUCACAGCAGGACUAAUUGAUAUUUUUUUAACUGGCUGUUUUAAAUCAUUUUUGACAAAAACACGAAAUGAACUCAAACCCUCUAGUCAUCACAGGUUAAUUGGUACAAAGAUGGUGUGAUAUUUCCUAACUUGCAAGCCUUGUAGUGAAAUAAUAGAAAUAAUUUUUCUUGCUUUUCAUGACAUUGUUAAUUGUAAAUGAAAGCGAUAGCAUUUAUUUAUAUAACAAAAUAAAGUCCUUAAAGUAUAUUUCAAAGAACUGGACUCUGAAUA